AUGGAAAGGCCGGAAAUCGAUCUUCCACGACGGAAGGAAAAACCCAUAGACGAGAACAUUGUUUAUUAUGAAGACUGCAUCCUUGGAAAGGGUCAAUUUGGCACCGUCUACAAAGGUUACUGCAAAUCUAGAAAUCUUGAAGUUGCGGUAAAAAUCUUUCACGAUGUCACGUCCUUCUACGCAUCCCAUACUUCCAAUCUUCAUCUCAAUGGGAACGGAGAUGAGACAGCCGCUAGAGCAGGAAGGGUGUCGCCGCCGCAAGAAAUCAAAGCUCUCGCUCAACUCAAAGCGCGCAACUGCCCCAACAUUCUCUGCAUGCAUGGCUCCUGGAUUAAGAAAACCAAGCCAGAAAACCCUAACAGGGUUUAUGUCAUCGUCACCGAGUACUGUCCAGGUGGUGAUUUGCAUCAUUGGAUGCAGACCAAAGGUAAAGUGAGCGAGAAUGUUGCCCGAAGACUUAUCUACCAGCUAUGUAAUGCCUUGCUGGUUUUCAAAUCCGAGUGUAUUAUUCAUCGCGACAUCAAGCCAACGAACUUGCUUCUUACCAGCAAGAACCUUGAGGAGGCGAUGCUCAAGGUCGCAGACUUCGGGAUGGCGAAGGGUGCGGCCGCAAACCCCAUAUGCGACACAAACGCCGACCGCGAUGACCCGAAGGUUUCUAGUGUCCUCUUUCACUCCGCCCUUGGCACUCCCAUGUACAUGUCACCCGAGCGAAUUCGACAAAAGCCAUACAGCUACAAGGCGGAUGUUUAUUCCGCCGGAAUGGUGCUUUACGAGCUCUUGGCCAGUCGUCCAGUGCGCGCUACGCGCCCUGCACAACUUCUCACGGCAGUUCCCGAUGCCAUCCAACACGAGGUAUCGCGCCACCAACCGGAUAUUCCGCUUUGGUUGGAUCUGCUGCUGGGGAUGGCCGUGGAGGACCCCCAGAGGCGGCUUUCAGUCGAGGCGGUGCUGCAGCACCCGUGGUUUGCUCCCGAGAAUGGCCCCUCUUUACCGCCCCCAAUUAUCCCGUUGCUCCCUUAUGAAGCGCAGACGUGCCGGAAGGUGGAGCGGGAGGGGGGUGGGAUCGAUCCCUCGCCGUUGGAUUCCAUAUCGUUUCAGGGUCCCUCGGCCCCACCCGAUGAGGUGCAGAAUUCUCCGCUGCUUUCGGAGAGCUGCCACUACGAAGGCAGCAUCGCAGGCUCUCUCUUCUCGGAGCCAGAGGAUUCAAGACGGGAUACAACUUGGUGGACGACACUGUCAGUGUCAGGACAAAUACCUUCGUCUCGUGAUGUGAGUCUUACACUGCCGACGACUUGCGGACCUUACAUUGUGACGUUUGCUGUGCGAAACUUCGUCUGGUGUGUUCUAUUAUAUGUUGUCGAAGCAGAGGCGGAAACGGCUGGUGUCCUAAUCGUCCUAUCGUUUCUCAUGGAGCUUAUUCAAAACGGUUACUCGGCUUUUAUUCAGGAUGUGGAACAAAUGGGCGGUCUGUGUUUUCCCCAGCACUUUGUCUUUCUCAAUGACGUCUGGCACGAGCUUCUUAAUCAUCUGAACGCGUUAGUAGCACACCACCGGCGGCGGCUUCCACCUCGUCUAUGGCAAAGGCUCUAUCCGAGGGCAGAGGCCAUCAUUCUGCGUAAAGCCCUUUCGUAUAUCCAAGAGGAUUCCCUUUCCGAUGUAGCUAGUGGUGAUGACCGCAUGCCUCACGAAGGGGAUUCCGCAGCAUUCCUUUCCGUGGAAGAGGGGUGGGCCGAAGAAAAAACAUUGGCAGUAGCAACCCAUGUGGAUCCUGAGGCUCAGGGGUCAUUAAGUGGGUAUGAUAAAGCCUUGGCUCUUCUUCGAGUAUUGGUCCAGCAGGCUAUUCUCAUGGAUGAUGACGCUACAGGUCGAAUAUUUUCCGCUUACCCCUUCACAUGUGGUGGUCAUCCUAAUACCGAUGCUUAUCAACAGGAAGAACAAAGGAAUAAGUGUAUAGAAACCCUUAGCACCAGGUCCCCACUAAAGUAUCUUAUCCAUGUUCCUGUUCUUGCGACAUUUGAAGACGAAGAGGAUCUUUUGAUGGUACAUACUAUUUUGCAAAAGCUUUCAUCCUAUAUGAUACGCAUCGGAACGAGACGAUGUAUCGUUGAUCGAAGCAUUAAUGAGUAA